AUAAAACGUCUGGCGAGAGCAUUGAAACACAGAAGAGCGGAUAGAUUGAAUAAAGCAAAUAUGAGAGCCUCUGAAACACCUGAGCAAUUUCUCUAACGGCUAAUGCAACUACCCUGUGUUACAGCGAGACUCGUGUUACUGGCUCCGUUGAUGGCGCAUAGCCCAGCAUACAACUCGCGCGUUUAGCACCGAGUGUUUGCACUUUAGUGCUUUUCUUAAAGCCAUCCCUAUUAUAUAUAUCCCUUCAUUCAUUUUAAGAGAUAUUUCCACUUGUUAUGAUUUGCAUGGCACCAAAGUGCAAGUAAAGGUACUGUGUACAUGAUUAGGGAGGGAAAAAAACGUGUGCCAUUACAAUGAAAAUGAGUAGCUAUUCACUAUUGAUGCCAUAUAGGAAGCGUAAGGUGUCUGUGGGGAGAGUAUAGAUAAUGGAGACUACUCUGACUCUGCUUGUUCUGACUGCUGUUAUUGGCCUGUCGCAGCAGCAGAUUCCUCGAUGUCUUCUUAGUAGAUUGGACAGAGUGCCUUGUAAAAAGUUAAAUCCGAGGAUCAGGGAAGCUUCAGAAAACAAUCAAUAUUCAAUUCACUACACAAAAAUGGAAGGAGAUGGUGCAGGUGGAAUACAGUGUCGAGUGAAACGUAGAAAUGAGCAAAUCAGAGAUAUCACAACUGCUGGCACAGUUCACACAAAGAUCAUUUAUUCUCCCGGAUUUAUUCUCGGGAAAAAGUAUGACAAUCAACUCCUCGGACAGUACAACAUUAAGUGUGAUGAGGGCCGACUAGCAUUCUUUAAUGUUGCAGAAAUCGACCUACCGGGAAGGGAAGACUGUGUGUAUAACGGAAACCAAAUGUGUCAGGAUUACAUCCUUAUUGAUCGUGGCACGUCCAGACCUACUGAGAUAUGUGGCAACUCUUCAAAUGACUCCACGUCAGAGUUACAGUCAGGGAAUUUCACUGUUAUCUUCCGCACAAGUGAAGAAAAGAAAUCUGGUGGCUUUGUGAUGUACAUCGUCUGCUUUAGGGAGGAAGACAGGGAUCGAAGAAGUGACUCUUUACCAUCAUUGAUACUAUGCAUAACAUUAUUAGAGUGUAUAAUUAUUAUAAUAUCUGUAACCAAAUGACUAAAUAUCUCCACAGGUUGUUUAAUAACAAUGGAUUUCAACUCUUCUGUGUGUUCUGAUAGUGGCGGUGGGGAACAGCAGCCACAAGAUAACAGUCGUGGAAGAAGGAGGAGGGACACUUACUCUGGUGUGACCUACAAGGAUAUUUUCCCUGAAUAUCCUUCAGGCCUGCAGAUGCGGGAAGAUGUUGCAAAUUUUCACAAUCUUUGGCGUCAUAAGAAGAGGCAAGCUGGGGGAGACUUCCGCUUCAUUAGUCGAAUUGUACUCCUAAAUGAGUCGGUCAACUAUACUGAUAGUACCAUCUGUAUAGCUGACACUGAUGGCUCUGAGACUGGACUAUAUGAAGGUGUUCGAAUUCUGCAAACGUUCAAUGCACUGGGAGAAAUUGACACCUAUGUUACUCAUGUUAGUGGUACGAGAGAAGAGGACAAUCCUCACUUCUUUGGACCAGGU